UGUCAUGCAAUGUAGCUCGAAUCGUCAUAAGACAACGAUAUGUCAAGUGAAAAGAUUCGUUUUUAGAAGUGUUCAUUAUUAACUAGUCAAUAAUCUCGUUGUUCCAAAUUAUUUAAUGUGAACGUGUCGUUUUCGUGAAACAUGGGUCUUUGUAAGUGUCCGAAAAGAAGAGUUACAAAUCUAUUUUGUUUUGAACACCGUGUCAAUGUUUGCGAACAUUGUAUGGUUACAAAUCAUCCGAAGUGUAUCGUGCAGUCGUAUAUUUCAUGGCUUCACGAUAAUGACUACAAUCCAGUUUGCACAUUGUGCUCUACAAACUUAAGCGAAGGGGACUGCGUUCGAUUAACAUGUUAUCAUAUGUUUCACUGGGCAUGUUUGGACAAAUAUGCCAGAGAAUUGCCACCGACGACAGCACCAGCAGGAUAUACGUGUCCAGCUUGUAAGGAACGAAUUUUUCCAGAUAUAAAACUGGUGUCUCCUGUAGCGGAUGUAUUGAGGGAAAAAUUGGCAGGAGUCAACUGGGCACGUGCAGGACUUGGUUUACCCUUGUUGAGCGAAGAUAGGGAACAAAAACCUGAACAAGAACGUCUAUCGUUAAGAGUGGAAUCCACGUCAUACCAAAACCACACGGUAACAACUUCAUCGGCUCCUACGGUAGCUACAUCGCGUUCUGCUAGCACCGUAAAUUCGGUCCAUGCUAAUAUAAACAAUGUGCAUUUAAAUAAUCAAAAAGUUGGGCCACCUUAUUCCAUUGUAAAUAUCGAUUCAUCGUCGGGUCUAUCCACGCCAAUGUCGAGGAAAGUUUGCGAAGCAUAUGACGAUCCGAAAGAAAUGUCAUUCGAUCACGAUGAAAAUAAGUAUAAGCGAAAGUCUGCCAUCGAAUGGCUCUUAAGGUGGUGGAAGCUGAUAGCAAGUCCACCAACGCGACGCAGGAAUACACCUGGACCUCUGUACAAAAGAUACGCGGUGUUAGGAUUUAUUGGUAUAUUAGCUUUUAUCGGAAUUUUAAUUUUAUUCUCGUGGCUUGGACGUAUGGCUACAGACGGAGAUCCAAGUUACGACCUUUUCGCCAAUCCUAAUGUCUUAGUCGAAGAUAAACCUGCCGGUAUUUAAUAUACUAUAACGUUUAAAAGAUAAUUCGCACGAGGAAGCAUAACGCGAAUGGAACGUGUACGAUGCUUGUAAAAUAGCAAAAUAAUUAUCAAUCGAAGUCAGAGACGAAUAUGUAUCGACCGAAGUACGAAUUCACUCCGAAAAAAUAAUUAACUUAAGAUACAGUGUAUUGUUAGCUAUAAUAUUUGUUUAUUUUUAUGUAAACUAUGCUUUAUAACUGCGUUGUAUAUUUUGCUCUGUAAAAAUUUACAAACUUUUCAAAACAAUUGCGUAAUGAUUACAUAUAUAAAUCGUUAGUUUUUUUAUA